AUGGAGGAGGAGCUGUGCCACACACACUGUGGGAACUGUGUCAGUAGACGCUGCAUGACCCGACCAGAGCCUGGGGUUUCCUGUGACUUGAUUGGUUGCCCAUUGGUUUGUGGAGCAGUUUUCCAUUCUUGUAAAGCUGAUGAACACCGACUUUUAUGCCCAUUUGAACGAGUGCCUUGUUUAAAUAGUGACUUUGGAUGUCCAUUUACCUUGGCCCGAAAUAAAGUUGCUGAACAUCUAGAAACAUGCCCUGCAAGUGUGGUGUGCUGUACUAUGGAGUGGAACCGGUGGCCAGUUAGUUAUGCGGACCGGAAAUCAUAUGAAAAUCUAAGCCGAGAUGUUGAUGAAGUGGCACAACUAGAUAUGGCCUUGGCCCUUCAAGACCAAAGGAUGCUCUUAGAAUCUCUCAAAGUAGCCACCAUGAUGUCAAAAGCAACUGAUAAAGUAUCAGAAACUAGAGAACAAAUUUCAGUUAAAUCAAGUGUCCCAGAAAUACCACAUGCUAAUGGCUUGCUGUCUGUUGAUGAAGAAUCUUAUGGUGCACUUUAUCAAGCUACUGUAGAAACAACCAGAAGUUUGGCUGCUGCUUUAGAUAUCCUGAAUACUGCCACAAGAGACAUUGGCAUGUUAAAUUCAAAUCUUUGUACAUCCCAAAAUGAAAUGGAUGAAGAGCAGAAUACCAGAGAAAGCUUACAGGACGGAAAUGUAAAAGAUCAGGACUGCCUUUAUGAGGAUGAGCUAGGAGCAGUAGGUGGAAUUGACCACAACAAUACAAGUCAGAAUGCCCAACCUGAGCAAAAUGGGUCAAGUGACUUAUUGUGUGACUUGGAUACAAGUUCUCAUGACGCUUCGGCUCUUUGUAAUGGCUUUCCUUUAGAAAAUACACGUACUCAGGUACAGAAUCCGAAUUUACACGGUGAUUCAGAACAAAGUAACUUAACGAAUGGAGAAUCUGUGGCAUCAGAUGGCACUUCGAAACUUCCCAGUUCACUCUCCAUGGCAGCACAACUUAGGGAAGUAAUGCCAUCCAAUGCUUUGCCUAAUGGCACAGUUCAGCAUAUCCUCAUGCAAGGUGAUGAAGAUGAAGAAUUAUAUUGGAGAAAAGUAGACUUAGGGGACUUGAAGAAUAUGGAUGUCUUGUCUUUCAGUCAUCCUCCUUCAUUCAAGUUUCUUUCUAAUUCAUGUUGGUCCAAACCAAAGGAAGAUAAAGCAGUGGACACAUCAGACUUGGAAGUUGCAGAAGAUCCCAUGGGCCUACAAGGAAUAGAUCUCAUUACAGCAGCAUUGCUGUUUUGUCUAGGAGAUUCUCCAGGUGGGAGGGGUAUAUCUGAUAGUCGUAUGGUUGAUAUUUAUCACAUUGACUUUGGGACUCAGACGUUUUCACUUCCAUCAGCAAUAUUAGCUACAAAUACAAUGGUCGGGGAAAUCGCUUCCGCUUCAGCUUGUGAUCAUGCCAAUCCACAGCUUUCAAAUCCAAGUCCUUUUCAGACACUUGGACUGGAUUUAGUUUUGGAAUGUGUCGCUAGGUACCAACCCAAGCAGCGUUCAAUGUUUACAUUUGUAUGUGGACAGUUAUUUAGAAGAAAAGAAUUUUCUUCACAUUUUAAGAAUGUGCAUGGUGACAUUCAUGCUGGACUCAAUGGCUGGAUGGAACAGAGAUGUCCUUUGGCUUAUUAUGGCUGUGCCUAUUCUCAGCGUAGAUUUUGUCCAUCAACACAAGGAGCAAAGAUUAUACAUGACCGCCAUUUGAGGUCAUUUGGAGUUCAGCCAUGCAUAUCCACAGUAUUAAUAGAGCCUGCUAGAAACUGUGUGUUGGGAUUACAUAGUGACCACUUAAGUAGUCUUCCUUUUGAAGUCCUACAGCAUAUUGCAGGCUUUCUCGAUGGCUUCAGUUUAUGUCAGCUUUCAUGUGUAUCCAGGUUAAUGAGGGAUGUAUGUGGCAGUCUGCUUCAGUCUCGUGGAAUGGUCAUACUGCAGUGGGGAAAAAGGAAGUAUCCCAAUGGAAAUUCAUCGUGGCAGAUCAAAGAAAAGGUGUGGCGAUUUAGUACUGCAUUUUGUUCUGUUAAUGAGUGGAAAUUUGCUGACAUCUUAAGCAUGGCUGACCACUUGAAGCGAUGCAGUUACAAUGUUGUGGAGAAGCGGGAGGAAGCAAUCCCACUGCCAUGUAUGUGUGUGACUCGGGAACUCACCAAGGAAGGACGGUCCCUGCGCUCAGUGUUGAAACCUGUCAUUUAA